AUGAGUCAUGGAUGGACAGUAGAAGAUGAUUCACGCGCUAAGCUAUUUAAUGAUCAAGUACAUGGGUACAUUCAAGUCAAUGGACUAUGUGUAUCAUUAAUGGAUACACCACAAUUUCAACGACUACGAGACUUAAAGCAGCUUGGAACGCUGUAUUACGUCUUUCCAGGUGCUUCACACAAUCGAUUUGAACAUUCACUCGGUGUAGGUUUCUUAUCUGGACAGACAGUCGAGCGAUUUCGACACCAGCAGCCUGAACUAGAACUUACACUGAGAGAUUCCAGGCUAUUGAGUGCAGCAGGACUUCUUCACGAUUUGGGACAUGGUCCCUUUUCACACGUAUUCGAGCACGAGUUUAUGCCUCGUGUUGCAUUGAUGAGGGGAUAUGGCAAUGGAGAUAUACCAUUGUAUCACCAUGAAGACAUGUCAGUAAGGAUGAUUGAGUACAUGGUCGAUGACAACAACAUUGACUUGGAAAGGGACGACAUGCGAUUCAUCCAGCAACUUAUCGUUGAAGCAAAAGAUAGAAGACAUCAAGGCUCACGUAUUGAUUCCCGUGGAUACCUGUACGAGAUUGUAGCUAACGGACGCAAUUGCAUUGAUGUGGACAAGUUUGACUACCUUGCACGCGAUAUGCUCAAUCUAUUUGGUCUACGAAAAGUAUUUGAUUUCUCGCGGCUCACGAUGUUCAACCACGUAAUUGAUAAUGAGAUAUGCUACCACACGAGCGUCAAUCUAGACAUUUACGACAUGUUUCAACAGCGCUAUCAGAUGCACAAACAGAUUUACAACCAUCGCAAGGGCAAGGCCGUCGAGCUCAUGAUAUGUGACGCGAUGCUUCUAGCAGACAAAGAAUUGGGCAUUUCUGCGGCCACGCAAACACCGCAGGACUUUCAGUUUCUUACAGACCACAUCGUUCACUCAAUCGAAGCGUCCAAGUCCGAUUCACUAGCCGAUGCACGAGCAUUACUCAAGCGCGUGCGUCGUCGCGAACUAUACGAGUUCAUCGAUGAAUACUUACUGCCGUCCGAGUUGAUGUCACGCAUCCCACGCUUUUCUGCCGAGGAAUUAGCUACCCAAACAUCCAUUGAUGGCGUAACACUGGACCCGGAAGAUAUCAUCGUUUUUGAUGGGCGACUGAACUACAACUCGAAGGACCGCAACCCUGUCGACAAUGUCGCCUUUUACGCUUCCAGUGAUCUCAACGUAAAGUUUCAUAUCCCGAAGGAGCAAGUGAGUUUGCUUUUUCCAGAAGAGUUUGAGGAACGUGUUAUCCGCGUCUACAGCCGCAACAAAUCGUCCACAGUUCAUGCUGCAAUCCAACACGCUUUUCAUAGCUAUUUACGCCAAUUUAGCUCAACACUUCCUCCUCCUUCGCCAUCUUCAAAGCUUUACGGCAAACAAAAUUCUGAGCGUGCUGUCCUCGAACAAAAAAGCAGUAACAAGUCUUCCAGCACUGUCAGGUGUAACGAUGUCAUCUCAGGCCAGAAAGCGAACUAA